UCCCCAGUGCUCAGUGAUUGACUCUGGUUCGAUUCUUUGUGCCUAUGGUACUAUGAGCAGUUAAGCCAGCAACGAGGUGUGCGUAGUUUCGGUAAAGCCCCGCGUUCGUUGUGAGAGCUGUCGCCACGGUUUGAUCGCGUAUAAGUGACCUUCGUGAUCUGUUUUUGUUUCACUGCCAAUCAAGGCGCGUAAAACUUUGGCAGUGUUUGCUUCCCCGGUGCCUUCAACAGUGUCAUGAUUACUUAAAGGUGGCGCUCGCCUGAAGAGUGCGCGUGUUCGGAAAUCUAAAGUGUGUUCUAAGUAGUGAAAAUGCUGCUGAAGUGUAACGUUCGAGAUGCAGCGGGAGCAGUGUUGUUUCUGGGGCUUUGUAGUUUUGCAUGUGCCGGCUACGGAAGCCACGGCUAUGACUAUGAUGGCUAUUUUGGACCUAGUGUGAAUCAUGGGGAUUUCGAGGACUACGACCAUUACCGUGGAUACCAGUGGUAUAACAAUGGCCGCCGUCAUAAAGUUCAUCACAGGCAAGUCGGGCAACCACAUGUAUAUGGGCCGUUUGGUCCAGCUCAGAAACCAGCAAACCUGUUUGAGCAAAUAGCAGACAACACAGCAGCGAUAAUGAAAAACAUCAAUGAUCAGAUUCAAUCGUCUUUCAGCCAGUUUCCGUUGCCGUAUGGAGUAGAAGGUCCAACCGGAUUUGGCCCAGGGAUCGUUCCGAAUCCUUACAUAUAUGUACCUUCGAUUGAACAACAACCUCCACCUCCAUCACCACUUCCAGUUGCACCACGUGGGGGGCAUCAUCAUGGGGAUCAUGACCAUAAUCACGGCCAUGGACACGAACAUAGACACGGUUCAGAUCAUAAGCAUGGACACGGUGAUGAUCAUGGUGGUCAUGGGAAUCAUCAUCACGGACACGGAUAUGAUCAUGUAAAUCAUGGGCACGGAUACAGAUACGGUCCAGGCCAUAAGCACAGCGAUUGUCAUAAGCAUGGCCAUGGUCCAGAUUUUGAUUCUAGUCGUAAGCCUGAGCAAGACCAUUUUUAUUGGGGUUCUCCACUAGAUAUUACAGAUAAACCAAUGCAGUUGCCGGGAGGCUCAUCUGUAACGGAAUCAAGCAGUUCACCUGGUAGCUCAACAACCAUGCAAUCGAUUCCGACACUACCGGUAGAGACCACCAGUACUAUCCAACCAAUUCCUGUACUGCCAGUAUCGUCGGUUCAAACUACUCCGCCACCAGUAGUUUCCGUUGAACCAAUACCGGCAUCCACACCGGCUGCAGUGCCGAUAGUACCGAUAGUCCCGUUAGUGCCAGUGACAACCCCGGCCACUGUUGAAGACACUACCUACAAUAUCGAUCUUCGUGGCGAGUUUGAAUCGGCUGCAGCUAGGAAGAGACUGUUGAUUGUGUCAACCUAAAACCGUUUGUUGGGAUUUCACGGUUUUUUUUUGUAAGCUCAUAAAAUUAAAAUUAAAUAACAAUUUAGUGUUCAUAUUAAUGAAAAAUAUUAAUGAAACACAAUACUCAUUUUUUUUCGAAAUGUUUUUAAAUAAAUUAAUGAACAAAUAUUCUGGACAUAAUAAAUAAAUGUUAACAUUAAAUACUAUUAUCUUCUAAAACAGGAGUUCUGGUGACCCUAUAUGUACGCGAUAGAUGCAACAGCUUCUGUAGCAUUAUGAAACAUUCUGAAAUAUUAAAAUCGUCUGUAACAUUAUAA